CCGCCUCACCUGUGCCAGCCCGGGCCCCAUGCAUCGGUCUCCAGCGGGCCUGGGCGACUGGUAUAAAUAGCGUGCUCCUGCAUUUCCCAGACAUACACCAUCAUUAUAGUUACUCGCUGCUCUUCGCUCCUACAACGUACCCAAAAUGGCCCGCACCAAGCAGACUGCCCGCAAGUCCACCGGCGGCAAGGCGCCCCGCAAGCAGCUGGCCACCAAGGCCGCUCGCAAGACCCCCGCCACCGGCGGUGUGAAGAAGCCCCAUCGCUACCGCCCCGGUACCGUGGCGCUGCGCGAGAUCCGCAAGUACCAGAAGUCGACUGAGCUGCUGAUCCGCAAGCUGCCAUUCCAGCGCCUGGUGCGUGAGAUUGCCCAGGACUUCAAGACCGACCUGCGCUUCCAGAGCCAGGCCGUGCUGGCGCUGCAGGAGGCCGCUGAGGCCUACCUGGUGGGCCUGUUCGAGGACACCAACCUGUGCGCCAUCCACGCCAAGCGUGUGACCAUCAUGCCCAAGGAUAUCCAGUUGGCCCGCCGCAUCCGUGGCGAGCGCGCGUAAGCGUCGUGCCGCCUGGUCUUCCCCCUCCCCCCCCCCAAACUCGGUGUUUCUCAACACCACCUAGACAAAGAAUCGGCUGUGCUCACUGUUGGAUGCGCGGUACGAACACGUGUGAUUCCCUGAGUUCGAUAGUUUGGGGCUGGGGUUGAUGGUUCCCGGGCGUGUCAGCAGCUCGAGGGCCAGAAGACGCCUAGCGGGGUGGUGUGUGUAUGUUUAGGCAAAAUGCAUGCACUAGGUCCAGGUUCAAACGCAGAAGUCACUGUUGUGUACUCGUCCCAGAAUGGCGCCCUCUUGUGACGCCCAUGCCAGGGUUUGAACAACCGCAGCACGUGUACGCAUGGCAUGCCCGAAUCGCUGGGACCACCACUGGGACCAUCUGCACAGCAUUGUCUUCAGUGUGUUCAAACCGCCUGCGGGCAAAGGCGUAUCACUCCGGUGGGUUUAGCCACCGAAGGAGUACGGCGUACCUGACUGAGGGGGCGUGUGCAGAGGCUGGAUUGAAGCAAGACCGGA